AUGCCUUCUAAUCCUAAUAUUUCAGCUGUAAUUGACAAAGUAGGACUGUUUAUUGAGAAAGAUAAUGAAUUGACAGUAGAGACUAAAAGAUAUCCAAAAUAUGAUAAUGGUGUAAUGGGAGAUAAUUUUUCUACCGAGCGGAUUAUUGAUGAUGGAAAUUGUCUCUUCAGAUGUAUAAGCAAAGAAGUUUGUGAUGACGAAUGCCACUACGAUUUUCUGAGACAAUGCAUUCUCUUUAUGAGAAUCAAAGAUAUUGUUGAGCAGAUGGAGGGGUUUUUGGGAGAACCCGUUGACAAAUAUUUGGAGAGAACAGGCAUGGCUCAAAAUGCAACUUAUGGAACAGAGGUGGAGAUAGUUGCAUUGGCAACUAUGCUUAAAACAAAUAUAAUUAUCCAUACCAUUUAUAAAUGGGCAUAUUAUAUACCAAUUAAAAAAAUUAAGUUGCAUUAA